GGGAAAGUGUAGAGAGUCCAAAUUCAAAGUCUCAUCUAAAAAGAAAAAAAAAAAAGAAUUUUAAAAAAUUAGGGCUGAAAUUUUUACACAGAGUCGUUCCACUUCACACUUUCUCUCUCAUCCUCUCUCUCUAUCUUUACCUUUCUCUCUCUUCCCCGUGUUCUCAAUGAAUCCUUCAAUGGCGGUUUUCGAAAUCUAGUCAACAUCGAGGAUCUGAUGGAUCCGUAGUGGUAGGGUAAAAUUCGGUAAAAGAUUGAUUUUGUGGUUUGUUCGAAACCCUAGGAAAUAUUAGGGUGAAAUUUUUAUCGAGGGGAUUGAAUUUGGAGGUUGAAUGGUUGAAAUGGAACCUCCGGUUGUUAAAUCGAGGGGUCGGCCGAGGAAGAGGAAAAGAGAGGAUGGACAGAUUGGAGAGAGUAAUGUUGGGAACGGGGAUGUACGGGAUAUGAAGGAAAUUGAUGGUAAUGCUAAUGUGGAUGAUGUAAAGAGUGCGGGGAAUUUCCGUAAAAGGGGCCGUCCUCCGAAGAGGAGAGCUAUUGAGGUUAGAGGGGAAGCCACGGUGGGAUGUUAUGUGUUGAAGGAGUUUGAAGGGAGUGGUGUUUUCUUAGGGAAGAUUGUAUCUUUUGAUUCUGGAUUGUAUAGGGUUGAUUAUGAGGAUGGGGAUCGCGAGGAUUUGGAUAGUGGUGAGUUGCGUGAGUAUUUGAUUGGGGAUGAACGUCAAACGUUUGUGGGUGAUAUGUUGGAAAGGAAGAAUAAAUUGGAUGAAAAUGUUGCCAAAAAAUCUGGUGUGAAGUUGAAAAGGGAUCUUCAAAAGGGGAAGGUAAAAAAGAAUGUUCUAAAGGGGAAUGUUGUUAAGUUAGAAGAUGAAGUAGAGAAGGGGAAUGUCGGCAAGGUAGUAGAUGAAGUAGAGAAGGGGAAUGUGGCAGAGUCGAUUGGUGAUAUGGAAAAACAGAAGUCUGAAAAUUUGCAAAAUGGUGGAGAGAUGGUUGAGGUGCCGACAUCAAUUGAGUGUCUUGAGGAGGAAGAUGAAGGGAGUGAAGCUGAUGAUGACGUUUCUGAUUCCUCUAGUGAUUCAUGUGAAUAUGGUCAGGGUUGGGACACUAGGUCAGAGAUCGAGAUCCCCACCAUUCCCCCUCCAGAGCUGCCUCCAUCUUCUGGGACUAUUGGUGUGCCUGAGGAAUAUGUGUCACAUCUUUUUUCGGUUUAUGGGUUUCUUCGCUCGUUUAGUAUUUGCCUGUUUUUGAGCCCUUUCACACUGGAUGAUCUUGUUGGCUGUCUCAAUUGCACUGCUCCAAACACAUUAUUGGAUGCUAUUCAUGUUGCUCUUUUACGGGUCUUGAGACGGAAUCUUGAGGCACAAGCUUCUGAUGGAUUAGAAAUUGCAUCAAGAUGCCUGAGAUGCAUUGACUGGGGAUUGCUUGAUAUCUUGACAUGGCCAGUGCAUUUGGCUCACUAUCUGAUGGUAAUGGGGCAUUUAAAUCGAAAAGAGUGGAAGGGACUGUUCAUUGAUGUUUUGGAAAAGGAUUACUGUACCUUGUCUACCGGGACGAAGUUGAUGGUGUUACAGAUUUUGUGUGAUGAUGCCCUAAAUGCUGCAGAAAUAAGAGCAGAGAUUGACAUUCGUGAAGAAUCUGAAGUUGGAGUUGAUUCUGAUGGGAUUACGUCAUACCCUCUUGAGAGUAGGCCUAGGAAGAUGCAUCCUAGAUCUGCCAAAACCUCUAUUGGAAAGGAUAGGGAAUCUGUGAUUGAGGCUGAAAACAAUAUCUCAUUUAGAUCAAAUUCUUUGACCGUGAAGGGCAAUGAUCAGGAUAUCAAGUCAGAUAACAUUGAUGAGGACGAAAAUGGGGAUGAGUGCCGGCUUUGUGGAAUGGAUGGAGUGUUGCUUUGCUGUGAUGGUUGUCCAUCAGCUUAUCACUCAAGAUGUAUAGGUGUGAACAAAUUAUCUAUACCUGAGGGGGAGUGGUUCUGUAUGGAAUGUAAAAUCAACAAACUCGGUCCUCACAUUACUUCGAAAACGUCAUUGAGAGGGGCUGAAGUUUUUGGUGUUGAUCCAUAUGCACAGUUGUUUUUAGGCUCUUGCAAUCACUUGUUGGUGCUGAAGGUUUCUGUAAAGACAUCGCCUUUUAUCAGAUACUACAAUUGUAAUGAUAUUCCAAAAGUUGUGGCAGCCCUUUGUUCUUCUCCACACCUUGCAGUUUCUUACUCAGGCAUAUGUGAGGCGAUAUCAAAGUAUUGGGAAUUGCCUCAGGUUUGGUUACAACCACAAUUAAGUAGUCAAACAACUAUGGCGUUGGAAAAGAAAGAGGAUGACUUUUUGUUGCCUUAUCUUAAGGAUGGAAAUCAGGUUUUUGACAAGGUUGAACUUGAAAACUGUGCCAGUGUUGUAGGGGAAUGCAACUUAACUUCUGUGUCCGGAUCAGGCACCGAAAAGUGUUUCCUUACACCUGGUUCUCGUGAUGUUUCAUUGGCUGAUUCGAUACAAAAUGAUCUUGCUGUGACAAGAGUGAAUGGCGCCACGAUGGAUGAGAUUUUAACAAUUAAGUCAGCAAAGCUUUCUGAGAAUGGUGAGCUAUCUUGCUUAGCACAGCAAGGGCUGGCUGAAGAAUCUAGUGUGACUGGAAUUUCUGCAUGCACGCCUGGCUACAAAAGCUUUAGUGUAGGGCAGAAAAAUGGUAUCUGUUUGUCUGCUACUUUUUGUAUGAACAGGAAAGUAGAUAGUAAUGAAGCUGGUGGAAGAGCUGUCCAGCAACGGAAUAAUUCAUGCGUAUACAUGGGCUCUAUUUAUAAACCUUAUACAUACAUAAAUCAUUAUGUGCACGGGGACUUUGCAGCAUCUGCUGCUGCUAAUUUUGCUGUGCUUUCUUCUGAUGAAAAUCGAUCUUCUGAGGCUCAUGCAUCUGAUCCCAGGAAAGCUAUGUCUGCUAACAUCAUGCUGCAGACAAAAGCUUUCUCAUCUGCAGCUGCUCGUUUUUUCUGGCCUAGCACUGAAAAGAAGCUGAUAGAAGCUCCAAGAGAGCGCUGUAGCUGGUGUUUUCACUGCAAAUCCCCUGUCAUUAGCAGGAAGGGUUGCUUACUAAAUCAAGCUGCAUCGAAUGCUACAAGAGCAGCAAUGAAGUUUUGUUCUGGACAGAAGUUGGUGAAAAAUGUAGAGGGUGGCCUUUAUGGCAUAGCAGCUUAUACAUUGUACAUGGAAGAAAGUCUGCGUGGUUUGAUAGUUGGACCAUUCCACAGUGCAAGUUAUCAAAAACAAUGGCGUAAGAAAGUAGAGCAGGUUUCUACUUGCAGUGAGAUGAAGUGUCUUUUACUUGAACUUGAGGAAAACCUUUGUACCAAUGCACUCUCAUCAGAAUGGACCAAGAUGGUAGGUAGUUGGCUGGAUGAAUCUGCAGUGCCUCAGAGUGCUUGUGCAGCUGGGUCAAUACAGAGACGGGGUCCUGGGAGACGCAAGAAACAAUUUGCUUCAUCUGAUGUCAUGGCUGAUGACGCUAAAGACACUUUGAGUGAUUUAUGCUGGAGGAGUGGAAAGCUAUCAAAGCUUGUAUUUCAGAGAGGAACACUACCUUGUUCAGUUCUUAGAAAAGCAGCUCGUCAAGGUCGUUCGAGAAGGAUUGCUGGAAUAUAUUAUGCUGAAAGUUCUGAUAUACCCAAGAGAAGCAGGCAGUUCAUAUGGAGAGCAGCUGUUCAGAUGUGUAAGAAUGCUUCGGGGCUUGCACUCCAGGUGAGAUAUUUGGAUCAUUAUAUAAAGUGGAGUGAUCUUCUUCGUCCUGAGCAAAAUCUUCAGGAUGGGAAAGGUCCAGAAACAGAAGCUUAUGCCUUCAGAAAUGCUCAGAUAUGUGGCAAGAAGGUUGUGGAAAAUAAGAUAAUGUAUGGAGUAGCUUUUGGACAUCAAAAACAUCUUUCUACUCGCCUUAUGAAGAGUAUUAUAGAGAAGGAAGAAAUCCAAGAGGGAAAGGAGAUGUAUUGGUUUCUUGAAACGCGAAUUCCCUUGUAUUUGAUCAAAGAGUAUGAGGAAAAUGAAGAGAAAACUUAUUUGCCACCUUUUAAGAAACCUGAUCGAUAUUCCAAACAUCAAAAGCGACAAUUGAGAGCUUCUCGUAAGAAAUCAAUAUAUCUCUAUCUUACACGUAGGAGAGAUGACUUGCAAAUGUGCCUUUGUGCUUCCUGCCACCGAGAUGUUUUACUUGGGGUUUCUGUUAAGUGCAGUGCCUGUGAAGGUUUUUGUCAUAAGGGAUGUACCGUAAGUUCAACUGUUUUAACAAAUGAUGAUGUUGAAUUUGUAACCACUUGCAAGCAGUGUUCACAUGGUAAAGGUCUUACUCAAAACCACAGCACUGUAGAAUCACCAACGAGUCCUUUAGCAGUGCAGGGGCAAGAAUUUCAGAAUUCUACUACAGUUGCUAAAAGUGCAAAGCCAAAAUCUAAUAGUCAACAAUAUCAGAAUUCUAUCAGAGGCUCAAAAAGUUCGAGAGCAAAAAGCAAUGGCAAAACAUCACUUUCUGUCGGAGCUUUAGAGAGCCAUUCUGACAAGAAGCCAGCUUCAUCUGAUUCGAGUUUGACUAAGAGCAAGAAACGACCAUGUCAUUGGGGUCUCAUCUGGAAGAAGAAGCCUACUGAUGGCGAUGGAUCUGAAUUUCGAUCUAAAAAUAUUCUUUUCAGGGGUAAUUCAUAUGAUGUGAAUGCUUUAAGCCCAGAGUGUCAGUUGUGUCAGAAGCCAUAUAGUCCCCGUUUGACGUACAUUCGUUGUGAAACAUGCCAACAUUGGCACCAUGCUGAUGCUGUUGAACUUGAUGAGUCCAGACUUCCCAUUUUGGUGGGUUAUAAGUGUUGUCGUUGUCGCAGAAUAAAGACACCAGUGUGCCCAUAUGCAGACAAGAACACCAAGAAGAUGGAGAUAAAGAAGCUACGUAUAAGAGGUCCGAAGGAAGAGAUACCGCUAACUGAUUCUGUCUCUGAAGCCAUUUCGGAGCAACCUGAAUCAUUACCUUCAACUCCUAUGUCUCUGAUGGAGGAUGAUGUUUAUAUUCCGGUGGAUGAUCCUCUACUCUUUUCUGUUUCAAAAGUUGAACAAAUACCUGAGCCGAAAGCAGAAGUGAAUUUUGAAUGGAACACCCCUUUCGGGCCAGGCCCACAAAAGCUUCCAGUUAGAAGGCAUAUAAAGAAUGAGAGAGAUGAUGAUGGGCUUAUUUGGAGUGAUUAUUCUGCUGUACAGUUACCUACAUCCGUCGAGGCAAAGAACAUUGGCAAUUCUCAUUCUGAGUGGGAUGUCCCUGAUGUUGGUCUUGAAGAUGGAACAUCAAUAGAUUAUGAGAACUUUAACUAUGAUAAUACGGAUUAUGAACCACAGACCUACUUCUCUUUUACUGAGUUGCUAGAGGCUGAUGAUGGUAAUCAGUUUGGAGGAGUUGAUGUGUGUGGGGAUGUCUGGGAGAAUUUGCCAUGCGAGUAUUCUCAGAGUGGCUUCCCAGAGCACUGUGAGAUGGGGUUCUCUAAUGAUCAUGUGCUAGCAACAUCUAUGGAACCUACAAUCGAAGUUAGUUGUAAUAUCUGUUCACAAACAGCACCAGUUCCUGAUGUUGCUUGCCAUAUUUGUGGUUUACAGAUUCACAGCAAAUGCUCUCCUGGAGAAGAAUUUUCUGAGGGCGAUAGCUGGAAGUGUGGUAACUGCAGAGAAUGGCGUUAGAUGACAUUCUGUCGGAGAAGCAAUUUUUUCUGGUUCUGUUGCACAGUCUUUUGGGGGGCACCCUACAGCUGGUUGUAUAGCAAAUUUUCUGAUGGCAGCUGAUAUGCAGUUGAAAAUACUGCGCGUCUUGCUCGAUUCUUGAUGCUGGGUGUCGGCGAUCGAUAUGAAUGCUUGUGCUCCGAUCGUCAUAUAUGGCACUGAAAGAAGCCUCAGCUAGUUCUGCGUUCAUCUGAUAGGCCCUCUCAUUGGUUAUACCCAGCACCUUAUUUAUACAUGGUCGUUCUAUAAGAGGCUUCAAUGUGUUACUCUAAUGAAAACUGUGGGCAUCCUAGAUAGGCAGCGAAAGGGGUGUUUGGGCCGGGAGGGGGUGGGCCAGGGGCAGGUGGAAUAGCUCAUUAGGUUAGAUUUUUGGAUGGGUGUUGGGUGAUGCCUUAUUUGUCAAUGUAUACUCAAAAGAUAAGCUUGUUUUUGGUGUGCUUAUCUUUGCUCAAGUUGCUUGUGUAAAGAUCACGGAAAUUCACAAGUAUUUUUGCUAAUCGAUUAACCUCAUAUUCCGGUGAA